UUCCUCCAGAAAGCUGUCAUGCCUUCAUACUACACUAAGAAGCAAAUUGGAGACCUUAAGCACAAGACCUGGCACUACAUCAUGAUCAACCAGUUGCUCUACAAGACUAAUCCCCAUAAUACUUUACGACCUUUAAGGGUCUUGAAAACGAAUGAAGUCUAA